GCAUUAUAUAUUUUUUAAAUUCUUUAGUACAAAAGUUUUUACAAUUUACAUUCUACAUUCCACAAAAUUGAAACCAAAUCCAUAUUACCCUAUACCAUGAUCAAAUCUUAUGAUUUAAGAGAAUUGACAACACUGUAUAUUAAUGCAUUCCUAAUUAUCAUUAUCUUAUAUUAUCAUUCAUACUUCUUGAACAUAGUGAAACCAGGUGAAACCAGCCAAUUACGUUGAAUGGAGCUUCACAUAAAAAAGUGCCAACGUAUUUUCAGUCACACAGUUUUGUACUAGCCUUGCAAUAUUUGUUAAUGAAUACAUGCAUAUACAUAAGCUGUGUUUUGCGCUUGGUUAAUUGUGUUAUUAUAAUUAGGCCGUGGUUCGUUAAAAAUUCAAUUAAUUAAGUUUCCUGCAAUUUUGCAUUUAAUCUGUAACGAUGUCUGUUCCAAAAAAGUCUACCCCCUCUACACUUAUACAACUUUUCCAUAUUAUUUUGGACAAAGUUUUGGAAGUUAUACUUGGAUGGAUUCUGGGUGUUGAACGACAUGUGCCAGCUCCACCAAAUAAGGAACACGAAGAACUGCUAUCGUCCAGCGCAGUGAAGCUUGCUGGGCUUAUUCGGGAACGAAAAGUACACUCUUAUGAACUAGUUAAAGCUUAUUAUGAGCAUCUGCUUUUUGUUAAUCGUGAUUUAAAUGCUGUUGUUGACGGUCCAUUUAUAGAAGCGCUUGAGGAAGCCAAGUUGAUUGAUGAACGUUUUAAAAAUGGCGAUAUUACCGACGAGGAGCUAAAAAGAAAACCAUUUCUUGGAGUACCAUUUACUACAAAAGACAGCACUGAGGUAAAAGGCAAAUUACAUACACUCGGUUUGGUAUCCCGACGAAAUGAACGUGGUUCAAAGGAUGCUGAAUGUGUGCAAUUAAUGAAGGAAGCUGGAGCUAUAUUUUUGGCAACAACAAAUGUGCCAGAAGUUAAUAAAUGGAUUGAGACCCGUAACAUGUUGAUCGGUCAAACUAAAAAUCCAUAUGACUACAGACGCUCGGUUGGUGGUUCUUCGGGUGGUGAAGCAGCGUUAAUAAGUGCUUGUUGUACCGGAUUUGGCUUGGGCACAGAUAUCGGCGGCAGCAUUCGUAUACCAGCAUUCAACUGUGGAAUAUUCGGCCAUAAGCCCACCAAAGGUGUAGUUAAUAUGCGCGGCUGUACAUUUCGAAGUGGAAACGAAGAAGACACAAUGGUUGCUGCUGGACCAAUGGCUCGGUAUGCUGACGACUUACUUCAAAUAAUGAAAGUACUAACUGGACAAACAAUGUUUAAGGAACUGCAAUUAGAAGAGUCAGUAAAUUUAAAAAGUUUGCAAUAUUUUUACGUACCAUGUAAUAACAUGAUACAAUGUAAUCCCAUUGGAAAAGAGGAACAAAAGCUAAUGAUAAAACUUUGUGAACAUUUCACAAAUUUAUCAGGCUCAGAUGUAAAACUAACUACAUUGCCGCAUCUUGAUAUGACAGGAAAAAUGUGGCGAUACUGGAUGACACAAGAGCCAGCAAACUUCAACAAAUUGCUGGGUAAUGGAGAGACACUUAAUCCGUUUAUCGAGUUAUUCAAAAAACUAAUUGGGCGGAGUGACUUCACAAUGGCAGCGAUUUAUUCCUUAAUAGAUGCUUUGUUACCACCAGAAAAGGAACAUAAAAUACGGGAGGCAACAAAGAUGUGUAAAGAAGCACUAAAUGACCUACUCAGGGAUAAUGGUGUAUUAUUCUUCCAUAGCUCACCGCGCACCGCUCCAUUCCAUUAUUAUCCUUUAAUCAAAUUCACCGACUUUAGUUACUUUAGUAUAUUCAACGUUUUACAUGUACCAGUAACUCAAGUGCCCAUGGGUUUGGAUUCGAGAGGCAUGCCUAUGGGUAUCCAAGUUGUGGCUUCAGAAAUGAAUGAUCGAUUAUGUCUACAUGUCGCCAAGGAGUUAGAGAGAAAAUUUGGAGGCUGGGUAAAACCAUACAAUUAAAUAUAUUAUUUCUGUUGUACAAGUGUACUUUUUACUAUUUGGCCACUGAGGUUAACUUCACGUUGAUACAAAAUAAAUAAUCAUUUCAUAGGCUAAAAUUGGAUGAUGGGUUUAUAUUUUUAUUGAUGAAAUAAAAAUAUUAAUAUAAUUAAUACUUUUAUAUAUCAA